AUGAGUGUCAACAAGGAUAAUGAUAUUGCAAUAGUUGGUAUUGGGUGUAGACUACCGGGUGGAUCAAGAACACCUCAACAGUUUUAUGAGCAACUUGUCAAUGGUCUGGACGGUAUUAGCACCAUCACUGAAGACAGAUGGUCUAAAUCAUACAAUGAUCAAGAGUUUAUUGCCUCGGAACGUGCUGGUUACCUAGAUAUGAAGGAAUGGACCAAUUUCGAUCGUCAAUUCUUUGGUACACUGACUGCUGAAGCUUCAACCAUGGAUCCUCAAGUACGUCUCUUUAUGACAGUCAUUUGGGAAGCUUUAGAAGAUGCUCAUAUCGACCCUGCAUCAAUCAGAGGUUCAAAUACAUCUGUGUUUGUAGGUCAGAUGUUUCUCUCAAAUGAAAUAAUGCACAACUAUGACAUUCCAAACAUGAAACCUAUCCUCAGAGCUGGAAGAUCAGAUACUGCCCUCAAAGCAUCGUAUUGCUACGAUUUCCGUGGUCCUGCUUUAUCGGUUGAUACAGCCUGUUCAUCAUCACUUGUUGGUAUUCUCCAAGGUAUCGAUACUAUUCGUAACGGUGACAGUGAUAUCUCUAUCUGUGGAGGUAUGAAUGCUUUCGUAGAACCAACUAUUUCAGCCCAUUUCACACAAAUGAAGUUAAUUGGGAAGAUUGGCAAAUGUUCAUCGUUUGACUCUUCAGUUGAUGGAUACGUUCGUAGUGAAGGUGUUGGUGUCGUCAUUCUAAAGAGACUAUCAAAAGCAAUUCAAGAUAAUGAUAAUAUUUAUUGUGUUAUCAAAGGUGGUAACUGUAAUGCUGAUGGUAACUUUGAAAAGUCGUCACCAACAGCUCCAUCACGUGCAGCACAGCAAGUAAAUACAAGUACAGCUCUUCAAAAGACUGGACUGUCACCAUCUGAUAUUUACUAUGUCGAGUGUCAAGCAACAGGAACAACAACUGGUGAUCCGUUUCAGGAUGAAGGUAUUGGUGGAGUAUUUGGCAAUUCACAUUCUAAAGAACAACCACGCAGAAUAGGAUCGGUCAAAAGUAAUAUUGGACACACCGAGAGUACAGCAGGUGUUGCAUCAAUCAUCAAAUGUGCAAUGAUGCUCAAGAAUAGAACUCUGAUCAAGAAUAUCAACUUUAAAGAAUUAAAUCCAAGAAUUGAUCUGUUGGAUGGCAGAAUAAAGAUUGUAUUGGAGAAUGAACCUUUACCAGAUGACAGAGUCAUUCGAAUGGGAAUCAACUCAUUUGGUUUAACUGGUUCAAAUUCACAUGUCAUCGUUGAAGAAUAUAGAAAUAAUAAUAUUAAUAAUAAUAAUAAUUUAAUUAAUAAUAAUGAUCACGAGAAAGCAAAAGAAUAUUUAAUUCCAUUUUCAGCAAAUAGCAAGAAAUCAAUUGAUUCAUAUAUUGAUAUGAUUAAGAAUAAUACCGAGUCGUAUCGUAAUAAGAUGUCAUUUGAAGAUUUUGUCAGAUAUCAGUCAAUGAAAACGAACCAUCCACCUUGUAAAAAGUUGAUUAUUGCUGAUGGUUGGGAUUCACUUUUGUCAACGUCAAGUAUAUUUUAUGAAAAACAACAAACAUCAGUUUCAAACAUGUCUCAGUUGAACAGUGAAUCAAACAAAUCAGUGGUGAUGGUAUUCUGUGGGCAAGGUGCUCACUGGGCUGGAAUGGGUGAAAAAUUAUACAAUCACUUUCAAGUAUUCCGUGAAUCGGUUGAUCACUUGGACAAGUUAUUAUGUCAAUACUAUCAAUACUCUAUUAUCGAUAAAUUAAGAAAUAGUAAUGAUAAAGAUAUUCACCAUCCAAUUCUAGCUCAACCAUCAACAUUUAUCAUUCAAGUAUCGUUGGUUAAAUUAUAUCAACAUUUUGGAAUUAAUCCAUCAAUCGUUGUUGGUCAUAGUUUUGGAGAUGUAACAGCAGCAUGGUGUUCUGGAAUUGUAUCAUUGGAAGAAGCAGCAAGAAUUGUUUAUCUCAGAAGUAAAGCUCAAAAUGAAACAAUUGGAAGUGGUAGAAUGUUAUCUGUAUCAUUGUCACAUGAUAAAUUCAAUGAGAGAUUCCAACAACAAUUUGAUGAUAUCGAAGUUGCAUGUUUCAAUGCUGAAGAUUCAAUUGUAUUGGCUGGUGAUGAAAAACAACUCAGAUUAUUAGAUCAACAACUUAAAGCUGACAAUAUAUUCAGUGCAUUCCUUGGUACACCAUGUGCAUUUCAUUCAUCAAAACAAGAAUCAGCAAAAGAAUUUAUUUUCAAGAACUUGAAUAAUAAUAUUAAAUAUGAAUGUGAUAAACCAACGAUACCAUAUUUCUCAACAACGACAUCACGAUUAAUAGAAUCAUCAUCAGAAUUUAAUGCACAAUAUAUUUAUGAUAAUCUCAGACAACCAGUACUGUUCCAACAAGCAAUUAAUAAUAUAAUCAAAAACACCAAUAAUAAUAAUAAUCAAGAGUAUAUUUAUUUAGAGAUUGCACCACAUUCAACAUUGUCGUUCUAUUUAAAGACAUUAUUAUCACAACAAAAAUCAGCAACCAUCCUCUCACCAUUAAAUAGAAAAAAGGAUGAAGUCGAAUCAAUUCAAUCAUGUCUCUCACAACUCUAUUUCAUUGGUGCAAAUGUUAAUUUCACAAAUCAAUUACCCCUCAUCGGUGAUGAUGACAAUGAAUGGAAGAAUAGAACAAGAUAUCUUCCAAGAUAUCAAUGGGAUACCGAGUACCUUAUGGAGGAACAAGAACCAUUCAAAAAGAAAAGAUUGGGAGGUGUAUCAACAACAUUGCUUGGUAUUUGCGAUGAUGAAUCACUCAAGACCUAUGAAUCAUCGAUUGAUAUCAACAGACCAUCAUAUCAAUAUUUAAAAGGACACAAAGUAAAAGGAAAAUAUUUGUUCCCAGGAUCAGGAUACACUUAUAUCCAUAUCCAUCAUCUCGAGUUUAUUGCACCAUUCUUCCUCAAAGAAGGUGUACCAUCUCGUUUGAAAUCGUCAUUUGUGUCAUCAUCACCGGAGGACUAUCAAGUAAUAUUCCAAUAUUAUGAUAGUAAAGCAGCAACUUGGACUAAAUCGUCAGUAGGUAGAUUAUCAAUCAAGACCCCAGUGACGCUUGCCAAAAAGUAUGACGUUGUUACCAAACUUAAAAAAGAAUCAUACAACAUUGCCAUGAUGACACAAUCAGAUGUUUAUGAAAAGUUAAUCAAAGUUGGAUUGGUUUAUGGCGAUACAUUCAAGCGAGUCAACAACAUAUCAUUCAAUCAAGAUGGUUCUAUUUUGUCAGAGAUUGAUUGUAGUGCAAAAAACAAAGUUCAAGAUUUCCACAUCUUUUCAAACAAUAUUCCUCAACACCCAUGUACCUCUUUAUUCAACGUAUCAAAGACUUCAAUGAACAGUAGAAAUCGUCAACAACAAAGAGGAAAUGAAUUCAAAGGAUCACUUGAUAUUAUUGACCAACAUGGUAAUAUCAUCAUCAAAUGUGAAUCAUUGAUUUGUAAAUCAUUGACCAAAGUAUUAAAAGUACAUCAAGCUAAAAAUCCAUCACAAUUCAUCAAAAAGUCAAUUUAUCAACCAAAGAAUUCACCAUCUCCAUCCUCCUCGGAAAACAGCAAUAAUGUUGUUGAAUAUUUAGAAAGAUAUCUAAAAUCAUCGUUAACACACAAGAUGAUUAGAGUAUUGGACUUUGGAUUUAAUGAUAUUCUUGCUAUCAAUCUUAUUGGAAGUUGUCUUGCAACAUUGGAUUCAGUCUCGAAUAUGAUCAUUGAUUUCUCUACUCAGGAUUUCUCAAUCUCUUUUGAUUUCCUCGAGAAUAAUAAUUUAUCAAUUAAAUUAUUUAAAGAGUUCAAUGCAUCAUUAUCGUUGAAUGACCAAGGAUUCCUUUCAAAUAGUUAUGAUAUCAUUUUAUCAUCACAAGAAUUUAUUCAAAAUAAUGAAUAUAUGACAACACAAUUAUAUCAACUAUUAAAUCCAAAUGGUCAACUCGUUGUAAUCAACAAUGAUUCAGUGGUCGUCGAUGAAAACAGCAAAGAAUUAAUCAUCAGAGAUAUUAAAUCAACACAAUUUAAUAUUCAACAUAUUAAUAAUAAUCUAAAACUCGAACCAGAUGAUAUUACAAUGAUUUGUAAAAAGACAUCAAUGAGGGAAACCAAUUUCGAUAAUAUUGAUAAAAUAUUAUUUAUUACUCCCUCUUCCUCUACAUCCUCUUCUCCAUCCACCACUUCAACCAGAUUGAUUUCACAAGCAUCAUCAAUUUCAAAACAAGUUAAAAGUAUUUCAAGUGAUGAUAUUAGCGAUGAAAGUAAAUAUCAAUCAUUGUUGGAUUCAAUAUCAUAUCAACAAGGAGAAAAGGUUGUAAUUAUUUAUUUGGAAUCAUUGGUUGAAAUGAAUUCGAGUAAUCUUGACAAGAAAUCAAUGCAACUCAUCAGAUUACACCAAAUAUUAAGAAAGGAACAACUACCUGUCAAAUUAAUAACAUUGAUAACUGGUCAACUCAAUCAAUGUUUGGUUCCAAUUUGCAGAGAUUAUGAUCGUCCAUCUGAUAUGUUCUCAUUUGAUUCGAUAUCAAUCAGCAUGGAUCAUCAAAGUUGUAAUCAACUCUCACUCAACCAAAUCAUGCAAUAUGCCAACAGCAAUCAUAUUGGUGAAAAGAAUAUUAAAUUGGAAUGCAAUGAUCAAGUUAUUCAAGUCAAUGUUGAAAGAAUAAUAGAUGCUCCCAAAGCAUUGGAAUUGGAUUCAAGACUUAUAGUCACCGAUAAACAAGAUAUUAGAGUAAAGUUUGAAAAGGAUUCAAAAUACCAUCUUAGAUCAAAGACAGAGGUGAUGGAAGACUACCGUGUUGAAGUUCAAGUCAAAGCAGCAUCAAUCAAUUUCAAAGAUCUUAUGACUUUGGAAGGUAGAGUCGAUCAGAGAAUACUCCCAUUUGGUGAUAUUUACGAUCCUCUAUUGGGACAAGAUCUUGCAGGUAUCGUCACAAGAAUUGGACCAAAAGUAUCAAACUUCAAGAUUGGUGAUGAAGUUUUUGGUAGCUCUCAUUCUUUUGCCUCGUCAACGUUGGCAUGGGAACACAAUCUAGUUCACAAGCCAAAGGAACUCUCAUUUGCUGAAGCUGCGUCUAUUCCAGUUGCAAUGGGUACUGCCUAUGUUGUUCUAGUUAAAAAAGCCGGUAUUGAACCAUUCGAAUCUAUUCUCAUCCAUAGUUCAACUGGUGGUGUCGGUCUGACAAUGCUCAAUCUCCUCAAACACCAACAACACACUGGCAAAGUGUUUGUGACAGUUGGAUCAGAUGAAAAGAAACAGUAUCUCGAACAACACUAUGGCUCACUUAUCACUGCUGUACUGUCAUAUGACAACUUUACAGAAUCGGUUUUGGAAAUGACCGAUGGACUGGGUGUAAACUAUGUAAUCAAUACACUAGACUAUACGAGAAUGCAUGAUAACUUUAAAUGUCUCUAUAGAAAUGGUAUGAUUAUUGACUUGUCCGUCGACCAAUUCUUUAGUGUCGACAAUAUCGAUAUGGGACCAUUCCAAUUCGAUAAGGGAUACACUGCGUUUCAACUCAAUGAAGAGCAUAUCCCCUACACCAACAAGAUCAAGAAACUCAUCGUUGAAGAAGGGUUGGAGAUGCCACCUAUCAAGGUAUUCCCAUGUCAACAAAUUCUUGAAGCAAUGGAAUAUAUUAGAACAAGAAAGCAUAUUGGAAAGGUUGUCAUUGAUUAUGAAAUAGCUGAAAGAGAUUUGGUCGAACCAAUGUUACGUGAAAGAGAUAGAAAACAGAUAGAAAGAGUACACUAUCAACUUGAUGGUGUUCAAGAUACUCUUCUCAUGACUGGUCAAACUGGAGUUGCUGUUGAAUCACUUCAUUAUAUCAUCAAACAUGCACCUCAACUACGUGACAUUAUUGUUGUUUCCUAUUCAUCACCAAAAUAUGAAAUUCAAUUAUUAAUUAAUCAUAUCAACAAACAUCAAGCACACCUUAGAUUACAUUAUGUUCAAUGUGAUAUUGGAAAUUAUGAUCAACUCUCUUCAUCAAUUCAACAACUUUACAAAAAUGAUUCAACUAUUAAACCAGUCAAAUCAGUUAUUCAUUGUGCCAAUACCUAUGUAUUUGCAGAUGCAGAUGAUGUGACAAUAGAGAAUCAUCGACAAGCAAUGAUGGCCAAAGCAAUUGGUGCAUUGAAUCUUCAUAAUUUAUUUGAAAAAUUAGACUGGAAAUUAAAUCAUUUCCAUUUACUGUCAUCGAUUGCUCAAUACUCUGGAAGAGAAAGUUUCAGUUAUGCAGUUGCCAAUUCAUUCCUCGAUCAUCUUGCUCAACACCGUAGAAAUUGUGGAUUAGCAGCAACAGCUAUUAUUUGGGGAUCGAUUGGAUCAACUGGAAGAGUUGCAAUUAGUAAACUAUCAAAUGAAGCAUUGUCAAGUAUUGGAGCACAUAUGAUGCCACUCUCAACAGUAUAUGGAGUACUCAGAUCAUCGUUUAUCGAUUCUGAUACUCCAUUUACAAGUAUUAUUUGUGCAGCCAUUAAAGUCGACAGAUUCCUCUCUGAAACACCAAAUCUUUCACAUUUAUUCUGUCACUUGUCAAGUAUUGUCGCCAAGAAAUCAAACAAUAAUGACAAUCAAGACAAUAUGAAUGAUAAGAUUAUCGAAUUCAUUGCAGACCUACUUUCAAUUGAAAAGAAUCUAUUAAAUGGUGACACCAAACUCAAAGAUUAUGGAGUUGAUUCUAUGAAUGCUAUUCAAAUCAAAUCAUGGAUUGAAGUUGAAUUUAAACAAUCCAAUAUAAUUAAUCAAGCUCAAAUAUCAAAUGGUACAAUUAAUUCAAUCAUUGAAAAUGUAAAUAGAAUAAUUAAAAAAUAA